UGCAAAGAUCUUUGGUUGCUGUUUACUGUGACAACUAACGAUAUCAACUGUCUCUGUCUGUGUCCAGUGUCCAAGUCCAGCGUCCAGUAAAUUUAAACAGCUUUCAUCCUGAACACGAAAAAAUAGAACUGGAAAAAUGGCAGAUCUGAGUCUGAGUCGCGUUGAGAGCUGUGGACAAAUUCAGGUAAUCUUUGGACCCAUGUUUUCUGGUAAAACGACUGAACUGAUGCGAAGAUUGAAGCGGUACCUGAUAGCCAAUUACGACUGUCUUAUUAUCAAGUAUGCCAAAGAUGUUCGAUAUGAAAAGGAUGGAAUAGCUACUCAUGACAGACAAGUUUUGCCAGCAGUUUCAGCUGACAGGUUAGCAGAUCUUCAGUCAGAGGCUCUUAAGCAUGACAUCAUUGGAAUUGACGAAGGCCAGUUUUUUCCUGAUAUUGUCUCUUUUUGUGAGAAAAUGGCAGAUCAAGGCAAAAUUGUUAUUGUUGCAGCUUUGGAUGGGACUUUUCAGAAAAAGGGAUUUGGAGAUAUUUUAAACCUUGUACCUCUGGCUGAAAAUGUUAUGAAGUUAACUGCUGUUUGCAUGAACUGCUACAAUGAUGCAUCUUUCACAAAAAGGAAAGGUUCUGAGACUGAGGUGGAGGUUAUUGGAGGAGCGGACAAGUACCUUGCUGUGUGUCGUCAGUGCUUUACAUCACCCAAAAAGUCUUCUCGAUCCCCAUUGAAAAACUUAACAUCAAACACCUGUCAAGUUGAGUCAGUUGAAAAGGUCACCAAAAUCAUAACUUGGUGAAGUUUGUAAUUAAGGGUAUGGGUUUAACGCUCAUUUCAACACUGUUAGGCUUUUUAGAGGCGGGACCUCUGAAUUUGAUGUCCAUCUCUGAUAGAACUGAGCAAAAUGGAUUUGAAAUUUCAAGAAUGUCCAGUUGAGGAUACAAACCAGGGCUGUUCGCUCUAUAGUUCAGCAUGACACUAACUGAGCUAACAGUAUGUCUUGUAUCAUAUGUGAACUUCAAUGUCACAUUUAUUUUUGUUGAAUUUUCUACAGACUAUGUUUUUGACCUCUGUCUAUCACAGGAGACAACAGCAUUUGUGCCUUAGCAUUAUUCUCUUGAUUGUCUCGUUGGGGCGUUUAGAAAAUGUUAUUUUGCUAGUGUUGGGAGAUCAGUUUUGUCUAUACUAUAAGCAAAACUUAAAACUAAUUGUCUUUAACUCUUGAGCACCUACAUCAGCGUGUGCACAGUCUGUCCGUUCACACCUAAACAGUGUUACGUUGCAUUUCAAUUGCCGAACGCAGGACGCUGCUGUGCUAUAGAGAGGCUGCACUGUAUUUUUGAAGAAAAAAGUUAUAGAUUAUCCAUUCCAGCAUCCUUUGACACCUGAGUUGUUCAGGUUGAAGCUACCACAAUGCUAGAUGCUAUGGGGCUUUCUGUAAAAAUGCAUACACAAAAACUGAACCGCUGAAUUGGCCAGUCAGCGACUGGGUGCCCCCCAGCCCACUGCGAUUUAGAUAAUGUGUAGCUUCGGCAUCACAUGUAUUCGUGCUUUUCUUGUUCCUCUAGUAGUACUAGUAGGCCUAUAAAUUUAUGAUAAUAAUGUGCAGCUAUGGAAUUAUGUACUGACUGACAAAAGAAUUAAGUUUUGUUUUAAAUUUACCAUAGUGGGGUAUUUUACCAAAAAGAAAUGGAUAUUGGGUAUUUAUCUAUUUCAGGUAAAAAAUCACAGAUUUCAUUCAACUCAUUUGCAUAUUUGACCUACUUUUGAGAUUUCUAUAAAUAGAAAUAGAAAUAAAUUCACUAAUAUUGGUAGAGUAGAGGAGUCUCCCUUUGGCUUUCAUACAUUGUUAUUCGUGAUGCAUGGAUUAUGGAUCUAUCCACUGGGUCCAUAAUUAUAGUUUAUAGGUGAAUUCUUCAUUAUUGUUAUAACAGGAUUCCACUGUACAACACUGGUCAUAAAUUAAGUGGCAUGAAACUGGUUUUUGUUGGCCCAGCCAUUCUUUGUUGAAAUGAUUAACCAUUUUAUGUAGAUCUACACAUAUAAAAUAAUGAUAAUAGUUGGGGGGGUUUUUGUGUCUAUGACUUUUUUCUCUGCAUUUAUUCAAAAUAAAUGAAAAGUUCUGGAUAUUGA